AUGACUGAAAAAGAAGAUGCAAUUAUUCGCGAUAGACUGGCUGUCGAAGAGCGCACAUUACGUCGCAUACUUAAGCGACACACAUUAUGGAAGGGCGCCCUUCUCGUUGGAGAUAUAGAAUCAGCACAAAUCCAAUAUAAUGACUUCAUGCUCGACUUGUCGUCAUACGAGCUUUAUUUAAUGCGCUUCCAACUUAUCCAUGAUAUGCAUGUGAAAGAAAGACAAAAUUGGAUAGAUGAAAAGAACAGGAUUGAGGGUGAGAUUGAAAUAGGGAAAGAUGAAAUCAUCCGAUUACGAGAUGAAUUAAAAGUAGAGCAGGAGCAACUAAAAUUCAAGACGGAAUAUGAUGAAUUGGCGCGGGCUAUUCAGCAGCACACUUCGCGCCAAGAACUAAAGGAAGAUAUCAAACAAUUGGAUCAAGAAAUCGCUGAUCUCGAACAAAAAGUUCGAGAAAAAGAUGAAACUCUCUCUAGACGACGAAAUCAAAUAGAAGGAAUAUUAUCGAUUGUUGCUCGUGUUCAAGAAGAAAUAAGAGAAGAGAACAGUCAAGAGGAACGGUUGACAGUUUCCUCUCAAAUAACCUCAACAGAAUCAAUAAUUAGUCAGAGUCAUAGUCCUAUGCCCUUACCAACAUUAUCCACUCCCGCACUUGUUUUGAAUGGUAUCAAUGGACAUGAAGAUGAUGCGCUUAUACAAGGCACGGUUGAAAAUGAAAUUGAAGAUAAUAUCUCGCUUUCGCAUCAGGAAAUUCCAAGCUUACCCUCACCAAUGGGUGAAAAUCAAACCAACAUAAAUAAUGUUGAUCGUGAGGAGGGUGAAGCUUUGAUUGAAGAAGGUGAACAUGAAGAAGGAGAAAACAAUCAAACAAUAUCUGAAUCAGAAGAAGGACAGAGCCAAGAAGAGGAUAGGCACACCGCUGAGAACGCUUCUGUUCAAGAAACUAUCAGUCUUCGAGAAAGCUCAAGUUCACGAGGAAACAAUAGUCCGCAAGAAACCGUUAGCCCGCAUGAAAUUCUCAGUCCUCCCGAGAAUGCUAGCCAAACGGCGACUAUUAGUCCCACCCCUUCUAAUACUGUUAGUCCAAUUGAACAGGCUAACUCAACAGUGACAGCCAGCCCACAAGAAUCUGGUGAUCAUGGUGGAGAAACGGUCAUUGAUGUGGAAAUAGAGGAGGAGGAAGAGGAAUUUGAAGCGCCUAUUGUUGCUAUAAAAAGAGGCCUCGAGGAGGACGAAGAGGAUGACCAUAAAUCUGUGGCGUCAUCAUCAACAGCAAGAUCAUCAAAAAGAAGUCGUCUUGAUGAACAAGAUGAUGAGAUUAAUCGUGGUGGUGACGAUUUGGGGGAGGAAGAAGAGGGGGCUGUUAAGAUGGAUGAGUAG